CUAAAAUCCUCGGGCUUUGGGACCAGCGGGACCAGCAUGUUCGGCAGCACGACGACCGAUAACCACAACCCCAUGAAGGACAUCGAGGUGACGUCUUCUCCCGACGACAGCGUGGGCUGCCUGUCCUUCAGCCCGCCGACCUUGCCGGGGAACUUCCUCAUCGCAGGGUCGUGGGCCAAUGACGUCCGCUGCUGGGAGGUUCAGGACAGUGGAAAGAACAUCCCGAAAGCCCAGCAGAUGCACACCGGGCCGGUCCUCGACGUCUGCUGGAGUGACGACAGGAGCAAAGUGUUCACCGCAUCUUGUGAUAAAACUGCCAAAAUGUGGGACCUCAACAGCAAUCAGGCAAUUCAGAUCGCUCCUGUUAAAACCAUACACUGGAUCAAAGCCCCCAACUACAGCUGCGUGAUGACCGGGAGCUGGGACAAGACCCUGAAGUUCUGGGAUACGCGGUCGUCAAAUCCUAGGAUGGUUCCGCAGCUCCCCAAGAGGUGUUACUGUGCUGAUGUGAUCUACCCGAUGGCCGUGGUGGCGACCGCGGAGAGGGGCCUGAUUGUGUACCAGUUGGAGAACCAGCCUUCCGAGUUCCGGAGGAUAGAGGAGUCCCCGCUGAAACACCGGCAUCGAUGUGUGGCUAUUUUUAAAGACAAACAGAACAAGCCAACUGGAUUUGCUCUGGGCAGUAUUGAGGGGCGAGUUGCUAUUCACUACAUCAACCCUCCGAAUCCUGCCAAAGACAACUUCACCUUUAAGUGUCAUCGCUCCAACGGGACCAACACAUCAGUGCCUCAGGACAUCUACGCGGUCAAUGGCAUUGUGUUCCAUCCCGUUCACGGCACCCUGGCCACCGUGGGGUCUGACGGCCGCUUCAGCUUCUGGGACAAAGAUGCCAGAACAAAACUCAAAACUUCAGAGCAGUUAGACCAGCCGAUAGCAGCCUGCAGCUUCAACCACAACGGCAACAUCUUCGCCUACGCCUCCAGCUACAACUGGUCCAAGGGACAUGAGUUUUAUAAUCCCCAAAAGAAAAAUUACAUUUUCCUGCGUAACUCGGCUGAAGAGCUGAAGCCCAGGAAUAAGAAGCAGCGGCCGGCAGCGUCGGGUUGGCCAGUCCACUUGUCUGCCCGCGUGCAGGUCCCAGCGCGCUGGGUUGUCGCCCACGGAUGUGGAUUUCAGCCCCUGGGGAAGCGACGUCAUAGCAGAGCAGCCAGAGCACCGUGUGGGCGGCGACUUGCCAUCCCCAUUCCACUGCCGGCCGCGGGAGGCUGGCGUUGUCCUAGAAGUUAGGUCCUUGUCGGCAGCGCCGGGGGUGCAGCGGGGCGUCUUCCAGCGCUGUGUGCAUUCGAGGUUCUGGGGCACAGUCUGCACACCUGUACUGUAUUU